AUGGAAAUCCGGUUAUCAUCAAAUCUCCUUGUUACGUUCUUCCUUCUUCAACUCAUACAAUUGUGUGCCGCGUCGGAAUACACCCGUCCAAGUCCCCGGCAACUCAUUUUCCGAGCACAUAACCGGUCCGAUUCUGAACCUCAGCAGGUACAUGUUUCAUUGGCAGGGAAAGAUUAUAUGAGGGUUUCUUGGAUUACCUCAGAUAAGCACGUGAAAUCCAUUGUUGAAUAUGGAAAAUCUCCGGGCAAAUAUGAAUCAUCAGCUACGGGAGAAAGAACUUCUUACCAUUACUUCUUAUACAGCUCUGGUGAAAUUCAUCAUGUUAAAAUUGGACCAUUGGAGCCAAGUACAACUUAUUACUACAGGUGUGGUGGCGCUGGCCCGGAGUUCAGCUUCCGAACUCCGCCUUCGACUUUUCCGAUUGAAUUCGCUGUUGUUGGAGACCUAGGACAAACCGAAUGGACAGCAUCAACCUUAGAACAUGUUGGUGUAAAGGAUUAUGAUGUAUUUCUUCUACCUGGUGAUCUUUCCUAUGCUGAUUCUCAGCAGCCACUAUGGGACUCAUUUGGGCGCCUGGUCGAACCAUAUGCUAGCACUAGGCCGUGGAUGGUCACUGAAGGAAACCAUGAAAUUGAAUCAUUCCCAAUCAUUUAUCCUCGUGGCUUCAAAGCCUACAAUGCAAGAUGGGUCAUGCCACACCAAGAGAGCGGGUCCAAAUCGAAUCUAUAUUACUCAUUCGACGUUGUUGGGACCCACAUUAUCAUGCUCGGGUCAUACACGGACUUUGAUUCUGAUUCGGAUCAGUACAAGUGGCUUCAAGCUGAUUUAGCGAACGUUGAUAGGAAGAAGACUCCUUGGGUCGUUGUGCUCCUACACGCACCGUGGUACAAUUCUAAUCAAGCUCAUAGAGGGGAAGGCGAAAGCAUGAGGCAAGCCAUGGAAGAGGUGUUGUACAAGGCACGAGUUGACGUGAUCUUUGCAGGGCAUGUUCACUCAUAUGAACGCUUUACUAGGGUUUUUGAUAACAAUGCUGAUCCGUGUGGUCCUGUUUAUAUUACCAUUGGUGAUGGAGGAAACAGAGAAGGGCUUGCUAUGAAUUUUGAGAACCCUAGUCCCUCGAUCUCAGUCUAUCGAGAGCCAAGCUUCGGACAUGGAUGGUUGACAGUGUACAAUAACACACAUGCACAAUGGUCGUGGCACAGGAACAACGAGACGAACGCAAUUAUUGCAGACGAGGUCUGGUUAGAAAGCUUAAGCUCCUCUACACUUUGCGGCCAAGCUACAACGCCAUCAAAAUCGCUUAAUGAUGAACUCUAA